CGACGAGUCGUUUCGAGGCAUCGGCACGAGAUCUCAUUUGUUCGUCUGUUCGUUUGUCUGUCCAUUGCAAGGAGUCAUGAACGAUAAGGGACCUUUGGAUGACGGGAAACGUUGGCGUCCUUCAUCAAGGAAAGUCUAAUACUCAACACUUCGGACGAACGAGUCGGACAAACACCCGGACGAAAAAGAAGGUCAACCUUCGCAAAACUCGUCUUCCCGCGAAUACCCCUCCUCCUGCCCACAACGAAGUUGUGCCGUCGCCAGGCGCCCUUGGUGUUUCACCCGUCAUUUCUCCCUCGAUUCUGCCGAAGAAACGGAUGUGGCACAUGUCACGGAUGCCUAUCCACACGGGUCCUGAUCCUCGGCCUUCGCAAUGGUGCGGGCCAUGGACGAGCCUGGACAACGCCAAGGUACCGUUUGAGUCGGUUUUAGGCGACAUGCUUGUGCUGGGCGGACGAGUGCCUCCAUGCAAAUUCCACGGCGAGCGCUGUACUGUAGGUAGAGGCGUAGUUCGCGAAAUCGUCUUGAUUGGUGGGGUGAUUAGGGUUUUCGAAUAUACUGAACGUCCCCCUGUCAUCAUUUCAUCACCCUCUCGCACUCGAUGGGAACAAGCGAAGGGUCACAACAUUGGAGGGUUUGCCACUGUACUGUACACGGUUUGACCGGGGCCGGAAGCCGUACAUGAUCAGGCAGGCAGAAGUAC